AUGCCGCUCCUCAAAACAUCAAAUGGUACUCGUGAUGCCUAUGGCACAACCACUAAUGGUCACAAAAUGGCUCGGAUGUCGCCGCUGAUGUCGGCAUCUCCCACCCAGAGCCAACAACUGAAGCCCCUCGACUGUCGCCAUUUGCGGCAUGGCAUGUCGACUGCCGGCAGGAAGCCUGUGGGAGUUCCUCAUAGACGGGAGGGAGGGCGCAGCCUAGUGCCAAAGACACGGUUCAAUAUGGACGCCCACUACUCGUGCAUCAAAAAACCUGGGACAAGCAUUUCCAAGCAUGGAUACUUCCUAGACGAGUCGGUUGACGUGGGUGCACUGGACACAUCCUUCUUUUCCAUGACCAAAACCGAAGUGGAAUGGCUGGAUCCCCAACAAAAGCUCAUGCUCGAGGUGGCACGCGGGUCGGUCGACAACGCAGGCGAGACCAAUGCCAAAGGAUCUACAGUCGGCGUGUACGUUGGAGGGUAUGGCCAAGACUGGUAUGUAAAAACAUACUGGUACAGCUCCUACACCAUCGUGGCUUCGCAAGACUUUCUGCUGGCAGAGCUGAUAUCACACGAGAUGGACCUGGAGGGACCUAGCAUGACGAUACUCACGGCCUGCUCUUCUUGGCUCGUUGGGCUCAAUGAGGCGUGCAUGGCUAUAGCCAAAGGGCGUGCUCAGUCCCGAUGCGAGACCUUUUCUGCCCACGCAGACGGCUACGCCCGUGGCGAGGGGAUUGUCUCGCUAUAUGUCAAGUCACUAAGCGCGGCCAUCCGGGAUAGAAAUUCGAUUCGCGCUGUCAUCUCAGGUGCUACGGCCAACUUUGACGGCCGGACAAAUCCACUAUUGCUCCCGAGCGCCAUCAACCACGAGGCGCUGAUUCGCAGGGCAUACGAGCACGCCGGCAUUCGGGAUGUCAGCAGAAAAGCCUCGGUUGAGUGCCACGGGACUGUAACGGCUGCUGGUGACAGGUUAGAGGCCGAAGCGGUCGCAUCUGUUUUUGGGAGAGAGGGCAUCUAUAUGGGCGCUAUCAAGCCCAACCUUGGCCACUCCGAAGGCGCUUCGGGCCUUACGGCGGUGAUAAAACCCGUCGUGGCCGUCGAACACCGCAUCAUUCCGCCCAACAUCAAGUUUGCCCCCCUUAAUCCCCAAAUACCCUUUGCCGAGGCCAAGCUGCAGAUACCGGAAGAGCCUACGCCGUGGCCUGCAGAUCGCGACGAACGUGUGAGCAACAACGCCUUUGGUAUAGGAGGGUCAAAUGCUCAUAUCAUCAUCGAGUCUCGGGCAAGUUAUCUCGCCUCACGGUCCCGUCCCCAUACCGAUGCCAGGAUUAUCCAGGACACCAGCGCGGCUACUAUCACUGGCACCAAUUCGGACCCGCAGCUGCUUUUAUUCUGA